AUGAAAUCUUUCGUUAUAUUUAUUUUCUUAAUUAUCAAUAUCAAUUCAUUAAAACUUGAUGAAUAUAUUUCAUCAAUUGAAGAAUUAAUUCAAGAUGCAAAUUUCCUUGAAGAAUAUACAAAAUGGUCGUUAGAACUAUUUUCAACAAAAGAUUAUCUCUAUGGAAAACAAUUUGAUAAAUUUCCAUGUGAAAUUAAUUCUAAAAGACAAAUCAAUGAAACAAUUACAGUUCAUAAACUUCGCCCAAAUGAUAUUCAAUGUGUUGGAGCUAUUGGUGAUAGUUUAACAGCUGGAUUAGGUGCACAUGCUUUAACACCAGUUGGAUUAUUUACAGAAAAUCGAGGUGUUUCGUGGGCAGUUGGAGGCGAUUAUCAUUUCGAGGAAUUGGUCACGUUACCAAAUGUUCUUCGUCAAUAUAAUCCGAAGUUAAAAGGUUUUUCAACGAAACAAUCACUGAUUUUCGGUAAAGGACAAAAUUCUUCUCAUAACGGUUUAAAUGUCGCAAAAUCUGGUGAUCGAUCAUAUCAUAUGAUUGAUCAAAUUCAAAUUCUUCGUCAAAGAUUAAAUUCCAAUCAAUAUUGUAAUAUGAAUGAUGACUGGAAAAUGAUCACAUUUUUUAUUGGAGGAAAUGAUUUAUGCAUAUUUUGUGAAGAUCUCAAUAAACAUUCUCCAUUAAAUUAUACACAUUAUGUUGAACAAACAUUAGAUUAUCUACAUGCAAAUUUUCCACGCACAUUCGUUAAUUUGGUUCUUGUUCUUGAUGUUCGAGGUGUGGAGAAAUUAAAUGCUGGUGGAAACGUUUGUAAAUUACUUCAUAGUCGAACAUGUCCAUGUGCUGCUUUUCCAUCAGAUGAUGAUCGAAGAACAUUAGCAGAAUAUGUUCCAUUAUAUCAUAAAUAUUUAGUAGAUUUGAUAAAUUCAGGCAAAUAUGAUACACGUGAUGACUUUACAGUUGUUAUUCAACCAUUUAUGGCUCAUACACAAAUUCCACUAGUUGAUGGACAAAUCGAUUACAGUUAUUUUGCUCCUGAUUGUUUUCAUUUUAGUGGUAAAGGACAUUCUCGUGCUGCACUUUCAUUAUGGAAUAAUUUACUUGAACAAGUUGGAGAAAAGCAAUGGGAAUGGCAUCAAGAUUAA